AUGGCCGGCCCCAACCUCGAUGCUCAGCAGCAGCUCCGCGAGUCGCAGAACGACGACACCCGUGUCUUGGGUUACGACCCUCUGAUUUCGCCCGAACUUUUGUCCUCCGAGAUCCCCGCUACCCAGGUCGCUCUCGAGGCCGUCAAGAAGGGCCGUCGCGAAGCCCAGGCUAUCAUUCACAAGCAGGAUGACCGUCUUCUCGUCAUGGUCGGCCCCUGCUCGCUGCACGACCCCGACGCUGCUAUCGAGUACUGCGGCCGUCUCAAGAAGCUCGCCGACGAGCUUCAGGAUGACCUCUGCAUCAUCAUGCGCGCCUACCUCGAGAAGCCCCGUACCACUGUCGGCUGGAAGGGUCUGAUCAACGACCCCGACCUCGACGAGAGUUACAAGAUCAACAAGGGCCUGCGCGUCUCCCGCCAGCUCUUCUGCGACCUGACCAGCCAGGGCAUGCCCAUUGCCAGCGAAAUGCUCGACACCAUCUCUCCCCAGUUCCUUGCCGACCUCAUCUCGCUCGGUGCCAUUGGCGCCCGCACCACCGAGUCUCAGCUGCACAGAGAGCUUGCCUCUGGUCUGUCUUUCCCCAUGGGCUUCAAGAACGGCACCGACGGCAGUCUGGGUGUCGCCGUUGAUGCCAUUGGCUCCNNUGCCGCUGCUAAGCACUACUUCAUGGGUGUUACCAAGCAAGGUCUUGCUGCCAUCACAAAGACUACCGGAAACAAGGACUGCUUCGUCAUCCUCAGAGGUGGAACCAAGGGUACCAACUACGAUGCCGAGAAUGUCAAGAAGUGCAGAGAGGCACUGGCCAAGAAGAACCUGCCCGAGGUCAUGAUGAUUGACUGCUCGCACGGAAACUCCCUCAAGGACCACCGCAACCAGCCUAAGGUCGCCAAGACCAUCUCGGAGCAGCUUCGCGCCGGCGAGGAGGGUAUCGUUGGUGUCAUGAUCGAGUCUCACCUCAACGAGGGUGCCCAGAAGGUUCCUGCCGAGGGUCCUUCCGGCCUCAAGAGAGGUGUCAGUAUCACCGACGCCUGCAUCAGCUGGGAGACCACUGUCGAUGUCCUCAAGGAUCUCGCCGAGGCCGUCCAAGUCAGAAGACAGGCCAAGAAGUCGAACACCAACGGCCAAUAA